AUGACCCACCCAACGCAAAACCCAUGGGCCAACAUCCCUGCCAACCCCUUCAGCCAUCCAGCUCAAAACGCAGGAGUGCCCUCAACACAAACACAAACACAAACACCCAUAAACACCGUCCUAUGGCCCACUCCAAAAGAAACCCUAGCCCGGUCAACGAUGGUCUCGAAGCAGAAAGCAGUCGUUCCAGCAGCGAGAAAGACACCAGCCCCGGCACCAGUACGACGAAAAUUCACAGCAAAAACAACGGUAAACGCAGGAGACGCAGAGGUACUAUCAUGGCGAAGAAGACUAGAUCAAUUGCUAAAUUAUGACAAUCUAGCACGUUUGAGGAUCGAGACGGGUACCGAGGUGCCGGAUUUCACGAGACGAGAACGAGUACUGACAUGGAUUUUGGAUAUGCAGGGUGCGAAGGCGGGGGAGGAUAGUGAGCUUGAGGAAGAACUAGAAGCAAUGCAGGUGUUUGCAGAGUCAGAGGAAGAGCGAAUAGUGAAGCCUAGGGUUUGGUUGCAGACUUAUGAGGAGCUGAGCAAGUUCGUGGAUGACGAUGAUAUGCCGCGAAGAUGGGAAAUAUCACCGGAGAAGCUCGAGAAGUUGAUAGAGGCAUCGAAUGCGUCGUGGUGA